AUACACUUAUCUGAAAGACAGAUAAACACUGGAAAAGGAUAUUUUCGUCAUUCCAAAAAUCGAUAAUGGCAUUCUCUGUAUUUUCUCAAAAACAAAGGUCAGUUUUAAACGCCCCCAUCAUAUAUAUUUUUUUGCAGCACUCUCUGCUUUACUAUUUCUCUUGUUUUUCGCUCUUUCUAUUUCCUUUCUCUGGGCCUGAUUUUGCUGUUUGUUGUGUCUCACCUUUUUUGUUUCACUUCUUUGAUCGGCCAUCCACCGGCCGCUCCACCGCUCUAACAUCUGUCCGUACAUCCAGAUCCCAAACUGUUCCUUUGGGUUUUCUGCCACCCUUGAUUUUCAUCUCUAGUUUCUAUUUUAAUUUUUUCUUUUUUAUUUUAAAAUAAUUUAAUAAACUAUUUUUCUUUUAUGGGUUUUGUUUUGAAAAUGAUUAUUCCUGACUUUCGUUUCAUUAGUAACUCGUUUUAAGUUGGGACUUUUUGUGAUUUUUUCCAACCCAACGGGCAUUUGAGUCAUUUAACUCAUUUGGACGUUUUCGCUCACUUCCCGAUAAAGAUGAUUUGACACUUUUACCCAAACGGGAAGUUAGAGAAAAACAUAAAAUUUCUCAUUUGACGUUUUUGCCCCUUACUGAACGACGAGUUAACGGUUUUAACCUCUUCUUACGUGGCAUAAUUUGAGGCCUUUUUCUUUUUAUUAUUUUUUUAAAAAAUGAGCCAUCACCAGCGCAGGAUUUUGACACCUGGAAUCUCAAGAAAGCGUAAAGAAAGAGAAGCUUUUUAUUCCUUUGAACCGUCCAUUCCGGUUCAAUCCUCGGUUUAUACCAGUCCAAAAACUCAGCCUUCGACUAAUUGUUCGAACCGGCUCUUAGCUGGCUACAUGGCGCAUGAGUUCUUGACGAGGGGAACGUUGUUUGGUCAAAAAUUCGAUCCGGCUCGAGCAGAGGCGAUGCCAAUAGUCGGCUCAUUGGCUGACCCGAGAAAGCCCGUUAAGCAGGAAACAGAACCGAAUCUUAAGAAAGAGAGCCAAAGCUAUGCUGAGGUGGCAAUAAUUUUGAAGGACGAAGGGGCCCACAUUCCGGGAAUUGUUAAUCCUACUCAACUGGCGAGGUGGAUCCAGAUGUGAAAAAAAUCCAAAAUUCGGGGAUGACGUGGCAAUUUAUAACUGGUUGAAAAUUCGCAUCGACGUAAUUGAUAUUUACCCUUUCUUGCGUCUGAUUAUCCCUCAGUCUCUCCCGGUGGUAAGUCACUAAGUCCCAGACUCAUCAUCGAAGUUAUUGAAGACAAAAUCACAAGAGAGAGGAACCAAUAAUAUUUAACUUUUUUUUUUUUUUAUAUCUUAUGGUAAUGCUUGUUAAUUUAUGUUUGGUUUCUUUUGAUAAAUCUUUUUUAAUUCGAUCUUGAUGUUGUUUUGUCUUUUUUUUUUUUUUUAAUGUAACAUAUUUGACUAUAUAUGUCUUUUUAUGGUUAUUAUUAAGGGUAUGUUUGGAUUUUGUCACACUGGAUUAACUACAUUGUGAGUGCAUUUGGAUAGAAUUUCUCUAUACAGUUGAAGUCACUGUCCCUCCUGUUGAAGAUUAGAGAAGAAGGGUUAAGUGAUUUAUUGAGCAUUAGGGCAUGCAACUUCCUAACUUUAACGCAUUCGAUUAUAUUUUUUUAAUUAUAGCAAUUGUUUGUCUUUGUUAGAGUAUUCAACUGUCUUGUUUUUAGAGAUGGUAUUGGAUUACCUUUAAUC